GCCAGAUUGUAAAUGCCAUCGAUAAGGCUGGUCUAGCAAAUAAAACCUUGAUACAUUUCACCUCAGAUCAUGGAGGCAGCUUGGACUCAGUCGGAUCGAAUGGAGAGCACGACGGAGGCUGGAAUGGAAUAUACAGAGGUAAAAAGGGAUUUGCUGGUUGGGAAGGGGGUAUCCGUGUUCCUGGGAUAUUCAAGUGGCCAGGGCUAUUGCCUUCCAACAAGAAAAUUGAUGAACCUACCAGCCUUAUGGACAUUUAUCCAACUGUUGUCAGCUUAGCUGGUGCGUCACUGCCACAGGAUAGGGUAAUAGAUGGACGAGACCUGAUGCCGCUGUUGAAGGGGGAUGUACAGUGCUCGGAACAUGAGUUUCUCUUCCAUUACUGUGGAGCUGCUUUGAACGCAGUACGAUGGCAUCCAAAAGGCA